AUGAUCGGUUUGAGUCAUGAUAUGUACGCUGCUGAUGAUAUAUUUUAUUCCAUAGAUUAUGCUUCAAUAUUAUACGGAGCUGUUGUGAUGGAUUACCCAAACGACAAUAAUAAUAAUGCUAUAACUCACAGUAUUCGCCAUUUUAUUGUGGGAUCUUGCAAUGGCUUGAUUUUAUUAUUGACCGAAGAUAGUGAAAAAUUAUUUCUUUGGAACCCAUCCACAAGAGAGUACAAGGAAAUCAUAAGAGCACCGACGGCCGUAGAAAACCUUUCCUAUGGGUUUGGUUACGAUUUCAAAACUGAUAAUUACAAGUUGGUAUGCAUUGCAACUGGCCGGUCUGAUGAUGAUGGCGAGCUUGACAGUUUUUCUGAAGUUUAUUCAUACACAGCUGGUUCAUGGAGUAGAGGCGAAAACAUCCCUUAUGUGUAUUCUGAUGUAACCGGUGGUGUGCUUCUGAAUGGUGCUCUUCAUUGGUUAGGUGAAGAUGCUUCUCAUUGGUCAGACGAUACCGCCACCCGUAAAGAAACUAUAAUUUGCUUCGAUAUUAACAGUGAGAAGUUCAUGGAUUUGCAACUUCCAGAAGAAACUAUGACAUGUCCAGAAGAGAAAUUUAAUAUCCAUGUGCUGGGAGAUUCCCUUUGCUUAAUUUGUGGUGUCCGUAACGUUCGUGUUGAUGUAUGGGUUAUGCAAAAUUAUGGAGUGAGAGAAUCUUGGACAAAGCAAUUCAUCAUUACCCAAAAAGAAAUUAUUGCAGAUCCCCAUUCGUUAAAGAUCUAUGGCUCUGUUAAAGAUAGUGGGAUUCUAAUACAGGUUGGUGACACUCGGUUUAUACGACCCAAAGAAUGA